AUGCGGCUCUCCAUCGGAAUCAUAGCGAGCUUGCUGACGUGGACGACCAUUGCUUCUAGCAAUAACAAGGUCGUUCCGCGCCAAAACAACAACACAGACUACCAAAUUGGAUUUACCCCACUCAAAACUGAAUGGACUGAUACCGUGGGAACCAACCCCUGGCCUGAGUACCCACGCCCACGCCUUCAACGACCAGACUGGAAGAACCUCAAUGGCGUCUGGCGAUACCAAAACACUCAAAACGGCUCUGAUGCCUCACCACCAUUCGGGCAGCGACUUGAAAAGGCCGUCUUGGUCCCGUUCUGCUUGGAGAGUGCUUUGUCAGGUGUGACUGAAAAGAACCGUAUCUGGAGCUGGUAUCAGACAUCGUUUGAAGUACCAUCAAAUUGGCCAAGCGGAAACAGUGUCGUUUUGAACUUCGGCGCUGUUGAUUACGAGGCCACCAUCUUCGUCAACGGCCAAAAGGCAGGAUUCCACAGAGGUGGUUAUUUUGAGUUCAGUGUUGAUGUCACUUCGUAUCUGAAUGCCAAUGGAACAAAUGAGCUUUUGGUAUACGUCUAUGACCCAACUGACAUAGACCGCGUUCAAAUCCCGAUUGGAAAGCAGACUCUGAACCGUGGUGGAAUGAUCUGGUAUACGCCCUGCAGUGGCAUAUGGCAGACAGUGUGGCUCGAGUCCGCACCCAAGGAGCACAUUUCGAAACUCGAUCUCACUGCGGAUAUGGAUGGAAAGGUCGUCGUCACUGUGCACACUAGCACUAAUUCGACCACUACCUACAGUAUCGUUGUCCAUGAAGUCGAUUCGGAUGACGUCAAGGCAGAGGCUACGGGUACUAGUGGAAGCCCAUUCACCUUUGUCGUUGAUUCACCUAAGCUGUGGACGCCGGAUAGUCCGACCCUGUACAACAUCACCAUAAAAAUGGGUAGUGAUACAGUACAAAGCUACACUGGAUUCAGAACCAUCUCCAGAGGCGUAAUCGGCGGUGUGCAGCGUCCACUUCUUAACGGAAAGUUUGUCUUUCCAUUUGGCACCUUGGACCAAGGCUAUUGGCCAGAUGGCAUAUACACACCUCCAAGCGUAGAAGCCAUGGUGUACGACCUCAAGGUACUAAAGAAUGUCGGCUACAACAUGGUCAGAAAGCACAUCAAAGUCGAGCCGGCUUUGUUCUACAGGGCCUGUGACGAGAUGGGCAUGUUGGUCAUUCAAGACAUGCCUUCUUUGCGCCCCGAUCUACCUGCUCGCGAAGGCUGUGGAGGCAUACGGUUGGAGCCAGGUGCUCAGGCCGAAUUCGAUCGCCAACUUGAGGUCAUGGUUGAGCAGUUGAAGUCGUACCCUAGCAUCAUCGCCUGGACCAUCUACAAUGAGGAAUGGGGUCAGGCCACCUCACCACCAUGGCCAGAGUUUGGAUUGACAGACAUGGUGCGUCGGGUUGACCCUACUCGCCUUGUCAACUCUGUAAGCGGUUGGACGGACCACAUGGCUGGUGACUUUGACGACAACCAUCAUUACUCGACACCCCAAUGCGGAACACCGUUCUGGUCUUAUCAAGGCAGUGGCUACGACUCAGCUUACGAUCCCGCCCGCAUCGGUCUGCAAGGCGAAUUUGGUGGUAUCGGCACCCAGCUCACCGAGAAUAACUUUGAACACGCAUGGUACAAGGAUCUUGGUCGACAAACAGCAUAUGAACUCACCAACGGUACCUUUUAUUGGAACUAUCGUUGCCACGACCUGCUUGUGCAACUGCGUGAGCAAAUCGACUUGUUUGCUUGCUCGGGUGGUGUUUGGACGCAAACGACAGAUGUCGAGGGUGAAGUCAAUGGCAUGAUGACGUAUGACCGAAAGGUAAUUAGAAUGAACGAGACAAUGUGGAGACAAGAUAUUCAGGCCCUAUACGACGCGGCCGCGAAGCGAGGCAACGACUCUUCAAUGGUGAUUCGGGAUACAGGAGUUGCUGGUAUGCAACACGGUAUAUUCUAA